CAUCCCCGCAUCUUAGGCCUGGCUCGUCUGUCUUCACAUGCGCGCAGCGAUGCUCGCACACUAAGCACACUGGGGCAGUGUUGGCUCAGCAACCAUGGGAGUGCCCGGUCUCUGGCCGCUUCUGGCGCCGACAGAGGUGCUGCCGCUCGCUGCGCUUCCACAGCGCUUCGGUGCCGGCGCCGAAGCUGCUCCGCGGGAUGACGCUGCUGGUCCAAGCGGACCCAGUCUCUUCGACCCCUAUCACGCCACUGCUACCUCAUCCCGCCCCGACUCUUCCUCGCCUCCGCCCUUCGUGCUCGGCAUCGACGUCUCUGCCUGGAUCUACCACGCGCGCGCUUCUACUGGCGGCGCCAACGCCUCUCUGCGGCUUCUGCUCUUUCGUCUGCUCCGACUUCUCUCCCAGCCGCAUCUCAUCCCGCUCUUCAUCUUUGAUGGACCCCUCCGUCCACGCGCCAAGCGCGGCUCGAUCCGCAGAGUCAAUGACUGGGGCGAGACAAAGGCGCUCAAGGAGCUGCUGGAGGCGCUGGGCAUGCAGUGGAGAGAGGCACCGGGAGAGGCAGAGGCGGAAUUGGCGGUCUUGAACCAGAGAGGCUCGGUGCAGGGCGUGAUGAGCGAUGAUGUGGAUGCGCUGCUGUUUGGCGCGAGACUGCUCGUGCGCAACUGGAGCUCCGCCAUCUCCUCAGCUCCAUCCGGCGGCAGCGAUUCCUCCUCUCGUCCUUCUUCUCCACGCAAAGACACAACAGCGCCGCCCAGUUCACCGCGGAAGCAGAAGUCAGGUGGUCAAGCAACCGUGGCCAUCUUCCGCUCCUCUCAGCUCUCAUUGGCCGACUUCAAGCUCGACCGCGAAGGCUUGAUUCUUGUGGCACUCAUGUCGGGAGGCGAUUAUGAUGCGCAGGGAUUGGUGCGGUGCGGUGUUCGAAUCGCGAUCGGGCUAGCAGCAGCCGGCUUUGGCGCUCGUCUCGUGGCCGGCUUCAAGCGCUUCAGUACAGCCCCUUCACGCAGCAGCUACGCAUCCUCAGCCGGUCUGCCAUCACCCACUAUGCAUUCCUCCUGGCCCGCCUUUCGCACCGAGUGGCUCGAGGAUUUGCGCGCCGAGCUGCGCUCAAACGCAUCUGGCUUUCUCAGCACUCGACAGGUCAAGCUCGCGGCGUCACAAGCUAUACAAGCGUUCCUGAGCACGCCGCAUGCACUGGCGGUGCUCAGCAGCUAUGUCUACCCGCUCGUCUCGACGGCAGAGGAGGCAGCCGAGCCCGUCAAUCUUGGGCCGGUGGAUCUGCAUGCGCUACUGCGCGCCAUCCGAGUCUCGCUGGGAUGGGGAGAGGAAGCGUGUCUUCGCCGCUGUCGCAGCUUGAUUUGGGAGGGCAUCAUUGUGCGCCAGCUGGAGCACGACGAGACAACUGUUGCAGCACCGAGAGCCGCGACCUCGUCGUCACGACCUCGAGCGCCAGCAAAGCCUAGCCGGCGCAGAGCACUGCAUGACUCGCCCACCGCUACUCGCAUUUCCGACUUCUUCGCCUCUGCUUCUCUCUCCGGCGCUGGCGGCGGCUCGUCCAGCGAGCCUGCAGCUGCAGAGCAAGAGCAGGAGGAGACGCAUGAGCAAGAUGCAUCUCUUUCGUCUGCCCAGAAGCCACGCGCAACUCUCGUCGAUCUCCAUUCCACACGUCAAGGAGCGUCCGGUCUCGAGGUGCGCGUAGAAUGGGACGUCUCAGCCUUCGUCUCGCAUGCUCGUCGCGCCAUCUCCGACUCCGAAGACGCAUGGCGCGCUGCACUUGCUGCACGCAAAGCUGCAGAAGCAGAACGUGCGAUGUUCGAGGACGACGACGAUUCGGAGUCGGAGCAAGGCCAGAGAAGGGUGCCGAAAGCAGUCGAUCACGAUGCGACGUUGCGUCUGUGGAUUCCUCGCGAGUUGCUCUGCUCGUCGACUGAGACUCGUGCGCAACUCAAGACAUUCGAGCGCAAGCGAGCAGAGAAAGAACAGGACAAGGCGGAUGCUGAACGGCGAAAGGCACUGAGGGAACGACAAAAUGGCAGGGCAAAGUCGCAAAGCACCUUGGAGGCGUUCUUGAGGCCGCACAAAGGUGCAGCUGCAACGGAUGCUGCUGGCAAGACGAGCGGCAGCAGUGCCGGCGCUAGACGACCGAGGACGCCACCUUCGCGGCGCACGGGAAGCGUCGCUGCGCAGGCUUCCAAGGCAGGACCGUCUGCGCGAGCUCCCGCUCUUCUCUCCUCCUCCUCAUUUGACGACGAUGAACCGCAGCUGGCCGCCGCGACGCCGGCGCUAAGCAGCUCAACCGCGCUUCGCCGCUCAUCGCCCUCACGCGUCGCAUCUUCCGACGAGCAGGCCGGACAGUCAGAGAGCGACUCGCUCGCUGAGGCAUGGGCACGCUCGCCCUCUCCUGCAUCUCAGCGACUCGAGGACGCAUUGCUCAGGCGCUCUGGCUGGCCUGGCACGGCAUCGAGCACGACGACCUCUACGUCUGCAGCUGCGUCUGCGUCGGGCGCCACUCCGCGUGCCUCUGCACGAGUCACUGCGCCAGCGAUGCGGGCUCAGCCUCGGCCUCUCGCCUCGUCCAACUCAGACUCAGAUUCAGACAUGAGCUUCCCCAGUCUCGGCACGCUCCAUGCGGCUGGCUCUUCGCGCGCACAGGCACGCUCGACAACGACUGCGAAAACGAGCGCUAGCGCAGCACGGCAGGACGGGCGCGCAUUGCCACCGCCGAGGAAGUCGCCGCGCAAGGAUGCCGCACAGCAAUCGGCUCGUGCCUCUCGCGCAGAUCGCGCAGAGCGAGACGCUCCUCUUUCGCCUCAAGAGGCUUCGACUCGUCCUUCAGCGCGCGCAAUGGCAGAAGCGGAGAGCGGCACUUCGUCGUCCGAGUUCGAGCUCGUCGCCGCCGCUUCAACCCGUGCCGUCAACACGCCCCUCGCCGCGACACCGGCGCAAGGCAAGCGCGCAAAGAAGCCACGCGCUCGAGUCUCGCAGGCUAUCGUGCUGAGUGACUCUGAUUGAGAAGGGAAGUGUAAGGUAGAUGGUGACUUGCCCCUCGGUCGAUGCUUCCCGAUACAUAAAUACGCCGGCAGACGCCGCAUGAGAGCGGUGUCGCAAUAAUGAUAUACCCCUCAUCCUCUCUCGUUGCCGUGUCGAUGAUGAUGAAGCUGUCCGAGUGGGCUCACGGCGCCGGCGCCGGCCUCUUCUUGCGCUUGACGCUGAGCGCAUUGACGACCUUCGGCGGCUCAUUGCUCGUACUCUGCGGCAUCGGUUUGCCGGCCUCCUCCCACUUCCUCCUCGCCUG